CCCCUCCCCUAUAGCUACAUUUUGCAAACUGUCUUGYUGCUGCCUGGUUGAUCUGUCUGCACGAUAUCUGAAGAGUUGGUUCAGCAUUCAUUUGYCAUUAUGGAUCAAGACAAGAGUGARGCAGUGGAACUCCAAGAUGAGAAGAGUGUUCAAACUCUAGUUGUAUUGGAGUUCUCUCCCAAUGCACCUGAAGUSACAAAGAAAUGGCUGUCUGAUCUAAUUCGUUCACCAGUGUCUACUGGAGGUGCAGGACUAGAAUGCAAAAGAGAGCCAGACUCACUUAAAAAAUGUGACACUCUUCAUAUAUGGGCUUCUACAACAAGAUUGCUAGAAGGUGCAGAACAUAUUGACAUGAGGAAAGUGCACACCUCAGGGGCAGCUAUGGAGUUUUGUCUAGAUUCUGCUCAAGAAUUCAAGAACUUUGGUUCAGAUGGAGAGGGUUUCUUAACCACUGCGGAGUCUCAGAGRGUAAUCCAGCAUGCUUUGGAUACUAUGAAAAUCCACAUGGAAAUGACAGCACCAGGUUAUACAGAGAUUGUGCUGCAUAAGAACAGAGGAAUAGUCCCCAGGUUGAGGUCCAAAGGUGUUAUCACAGCAAUUUAUCCACUUCAUGAAGCACACAAAAUCAAGGCACUUGAACACAAGUGGURUCUUGGUGCAGCAGUCAAGCAACCAUUAGAUGACAUCAGGGAGUAUUUUGGUGAAACUAUUGCAAUGUAUUUUGGUUUUCUGGGAUUCUACUCAUUAUCACUAGUCCCUCCUGUAYUGUUGAUGGUAGCUUUCUGGCUAUCAAAUGCACAUGAUCAGACCAAAAAUACCGUUUUUGCUGUCCUGAACUUGUUGUGGGCUACAGUGUUUCUUGAGGCAUGGAAAAGGAGAUGUUCAGAGCUGUCAUUCACAUGGGGGACUCUCAGGGGAGGAUUGGGUUCAGAUGAAAUUGAGGAACCCAGACCGAACUACUGGGGACCACCAAGAAUAAGCCCAAUCACUGGCCAACAAGAGCAAUACUACCCUCCAAUAAAGAGAAAACUCAAGACUUAUGGCGUCUCUUACCCUAUUGUACUGCUGUGCAUGAAGGUAGCAACAGUUGUCAUGCUGAUUUACUUCAAGCUACAGUUUUACAUGGAGGAUAAAUAUGCCAAAAGUGGUGGAAUUAUCGCCACUAUUAUGCUUAGUAUACCAAGUAUAUUUUAUGCUGUGAUGAUUGCYGUACUUAACUACGCCUAUCACCUUAUUGCUACCUUUCUUACAGAAUGGGAAAACCACCGUCUUGAAUCAUCUUUCCAGAAUCACCUUAUUGUAAAGCUUGUUUUGUUCUAUUUCGUCAAUUGUUUCUACUCUUUGUUCUACAUCGCUUUCUAUCUCCAAGACCUUGAGCUUCUUCAAAGGCAUCUUGCAGCCCUUCUUAUUACGUCACAAGUCAUUCAGCAAAUUACCGAAUCGUUGAUUCCGUAUAUGAUGUUCAGAAGUAGAGUUACUACRGUCAGCAAAGAAGGAAAGAAAAUUGUAGUCAAGUCUGCUGAUCUCUCCGAUCAAAUUGAACGUCAAGGGCAGCAAGAAGUCUACGUUGAUACGUUUGCAGACUACUUAGAGUUAUUCCUACAGUUUGGCUACACGUUCCUGUUCUCAUCCGUCUAUCCCAUGGCUGCGUUCUGGGCUCUUUUAAACAAUGUCAUUGAAAUUCGAACAGACGGCUUUAAAAUGUGCAGAAUCUACCAGAGACCUUUUGCGAUACCUGCAUCGUCGAUAGGAGCUUGGCAGUCUGCCUUUGAGGUCAUGAGUAUUAUCGCCGUUUUGACCAACUGUGCUUUGAUUGGUAUGGCUGCUAACAGUGCUCAUUGGCUGCCAGAUAUGACUCCUGCUAACGCUGUACUUCUCUUUGUAGCCAUCGAGCACUUCUUGCUGGGAGCAAAGUUCGUGCUCGCCCUUGUCAUUCCUGAUGUACCGCAGUGGGUCCAAAACGAAAUGGCUAAACAAGACUAUCAAAAAAGACUAUCUUUGAGGGGAAGUAAAAGUAAGCGUCCACUGAGUGUUGGCUCCCCUAAAGAGACUACGAUAUAUUGAAGAGCCCUGUAAAUAAUUAAACUUGUCAAAAUAAUUAUGUAAUAGCUUUCUUGAAGCUCAAGGUCUAAAUAAGGAGUAAUACGCAGUGCCAACAUAAAAAACUGCCACAAAGGCGCUCAAAAUGAACUAAAGAAACGAAGAAAGACGCCGCCAUUUAAUUGAAUUUGUAUCAUCGAAAAAACAUGGCCACCAAUUUGCCUCUGUUUAUACUUUUAAACUUGGCAACAUUCAUUUGGAAUAUUAGAAAUAGUACUAAAUUUAAACUUGCAUAAUCGUUCUUGUAACUCUGGAAGUAAAUUUGAGGUAAUAUUAUAUAUUGAAACUAUAGGAGAACACGAAAACAUACGGACAUAUAUAUUUAUAGUCUUCUGAAAGCAAUCGCUUUUUACUACCAAAUUGUGAUAAUCUCAUAUACCUAAACUUAAAUAACACACUUUUGUAAACUGAGCAUAUUGGGUAAUAAAGAAUAUGAAAUUUCUGGAACCUC